AUGGCAUUGUUAAAUCCCACCUUCAUCUUUGGGGUGAUAGUUCUACUGUACCUCUCAUCCUUCAUCCUUUUCGCCAUAAUACGAAUCGUAACGGGCAUAUCCAUUCAGCGCAUCGGCUACUUUUCUCUGAGGAGACUUGCAUUUACUCCGAAAGAUGGUAUCAAGAUUGAGAUUCGAGGCUUGGGACUGAAUAUCCAUCGUCCUACCUUCGCAGAACCAACAUGGCUCAGCGUUGUUUUGACAGAGCUGGCAGUUACAUUGGAUUUGAAGGUUUUGGAUGGAGAGAAAAAGGCACGGCGCCCUGACGGAAAUGGGGUCGUCGAAGAAGAGCAGGAUGGCUCAAGUCGCAAAGGCGAACCAGACAGCAAACCACUUCCUACAGAUGCUACCUCCUUCGAGCCGCAGCGCAGCAAAAUGUGGGAGCAACUUACAAGCAUCAAGGAGCGAAUCAAACGCCUACAUCGCAAUAUAAAUUGGAUUCAAAUGGUGGACAUCGUGGCUUCGAACUCAUCGGUGACCGUGGUUGAUGUUGGCAAUAUACAGUUAGGAAGUUUUACAAUGGGCGUGGAUACAAGGAGGAAAACGGUUGAUCGUGGCAUGUUCACACAUGUGAAGAACGCCAACAGCAACCAGCAACCUGCAGAAUGGAUGCUGACUAUUCGCAGUGUUCUGUUUACACCGGAAGGAGGGCAGUCUUUAGAAAUACUGGAUCACCUUACGUUGAACAUAAGCGGGAUACUAUACAAGGAGCUCGAUGGUUUGCGGGAAGCAGCAAUUGCCCUUAAAUUGGGCCGAGUUCAUAUACCAUAUGACGACAUAAAUGCUUGCAUAGACAAAUACAAGGGUUGUCGCAAGCUGCCCAAAAUUAAGGACGGAAAGCCUGCACCGGAGGAGAUAUCGGUCGCAAGCAUUAUUGGGGAGCUUGAAAGACCUGGAAGUGAAGAGAAAAAUCUUGUACAAACAGUAUCGGAUUCCAAGGAGUUUGCGAGCUCUAUUCUUCGGGGUAUAAUCGAAGUACAAUUUGCAGUCAGCUACAUUGGAUUCACGAAGAAAAUCACCUCAGUACAGCCCUCGGGUUCACCAAUGUAUCUCAAUGCUUCCAUGAAAGAGGUUGGAGUGGAUCUACAUCGUUUAGAUCAAAAGUCCCCUGCCCACCGAAUGUACUUUUCCUCGAAGGAUAUAGCUCACCAGGCUCUUAUUGCCGCGCUCUCCAUCUCUGUCGGAGUCGAUGAUGGUCGGGGAAGAUCCGACAGGCUAGUCUAUGUUCCAAUGGCAACUACUACAAUUCGAACUACCUUUUUGUCGAAAACGGUCCAAUUUGCUAUAGACAAUACUUUAGAUGAGCGCAAUGCGAAUAUUUUGUUUGCUAAUGCCGUUGUUACAUCACCCUCCAUUGAUCUUGAUCCAAGACAUCUUCCUCUUGUUCUAGCCAUGGCGAAAUCGAACCCGAAAUCAAAAUCGAAGGAAGACACACCAGAAAGACAUACACUAAUGUCUCGGUUAUUACCAAAAGCUAAUGUUAAAUUCUCGAUGCACGAGCCUGUUAUCCGAAUUUCUCUACCUCCCGUUGAAGAUACGGCAGCUGAGGAUGAUUUCGAUCUUAUCAUAUCUUCCAUAUCUUCUAUAUCUCUGGAUAUUGAAUCCUCACAUUCAGCGGUAGGGGAGUUGCAUUAUAGUCUCGGUUCUACGUUGCGACUACAGUCCCAUGAUCUCUAUUACCAAACAUGCUCCGGAUCUCGAUUUGACUUGCUUCAAAUCGAGGCGCUUGAUCUGAAAGUCUCUGUCAGUGCCAAUCCGGAAGUUUACGUUGUCGCUACGGGUAAUGUCCAAACGUUUUCGGUACAUAUGAUUCGACCAGAGAUCAGUGAUGGUGUCCGCCAAAUUGUUCGUCAGCUCAGGCUCAAUGUUGAACCAGAUAAGAAACCUCAUUCUAAAACUUCUCGAGAUCCAAAUUUCAUCCGGGCCUUACCUCCUUGGUUACUGCACUUCCAACUCCAGGGCUCUGAUUUCAGCGCCGAAGUAGCUGGAAUUGACGAAUCAAUAGCAGAAGAUACACGUGGUGUUGCAAUUCAACUGGAAUCCUGGACCGCUGAGUAUAGAGCCCAAAAAGUUGAGCCUAAUGAACGAAGAACUCGUCGUCGUGCAGGAAGUCGUUCUCUUACCCCCGAUCCUGAGAUAUUUCUUACAAUGCCUCCAUCGCCUAGAAGAAAGCGUGAUCAAAAUCCAACCGAUGGCAGGCGAUUAGCUAUACACGGUCGUGGCCUUGAGUCGUUUGUCGUCGAAUCAACAGAAAAGUGGGAAGUAGAGCCUUUUGUUUCGAUUCCUAAAUUUGAAGUCGCUCUUUCUACUUUGAGCGACAAUCAAGGACCGAUAUUUCAUCUCAAUUCGCACGUGAAAAGCGUCUUGGUACAGUAUUCGUUAUAUAGACACUACGCAUGCGGUGUAGCUUCAAGUGUGCUUAGGAAGGCCUUCGUUCGCACAUAUGCCGAUGUUGCGGAAGCCGAAGAGGCGGCACGUGCAACAGCAUCGUUGAGGAAAUCUGAUCCUUCUGCACUUCUAUCGCCAGUGACUUCCCCUGGAGGAUUUUCUUGGCCUGGACAAGAUGAUCAGGAGUUCAAUUUCGGAACCAGAGAAUUAGUCACCAUAGAUUUUAGAUCUACUUUAAUUCAAGUCAAGGCUCAUUUGCCUUCGGACCCCAAAUUAAUGCUUCAAAUAUAUGGAGUCGAUGCUGGCCGCCACAGAUGGUCAGCACCCUUCCUCCAUGCUAAGCUUGUUCGUUUAUACGCCGAGGCUCCACAAAUGAAAAGAGUAUGGGCUAGAAUCGUCAGUAUCAGAUCGGCGAGAGUUGACUUUCGCGAGAAACGUCAGAUGCGUAGCUCCGGUGAGAUGCAUGAAGAAAAGACGAUAGAUAUUACAACCAAUGCCAUCAGGCUGGCGGUGCCACAUCAGCUCAUUUUUCACCAAGUUAUCGAUAACGUUGUCAACACACUCAAAGCUGUGGAACAACUCCACCAUCGCAUCAAGACAGGUACUAACGAGUACAUCCUCGACAAACAUCCAGAGGGCCCCAAACUCAUCCCAAGGUUGUCAGUACGUAGCAAAGCAUUACUUUUUGAGUUAGAAGACGGAGCUUUUGAGUGGAAGUUGGGUGCCAUAUACAGAGCCGGUUUGAUUGAGCAGCAGCAACGCUUGGCACGAGAAGCGGCGUUUGACGUGAAAGCAAAGAAGAUCGAAGAGGAAGAAAUGCGCAGAGAUACCCAGCGUUAUCGAAAUAGGUCAGCGCACCCUCGUGGUCGCAGCAAUAACAAGGAAGAUUCCUCAAGGCGACACAAGAGUGUGGGCGAUGAUCUGCCGGAAGAGCGCUCGCCUAGAACUGAACGAGGUCGAAAGUAUCGCUACGAUCCUGAAGGAACGAGCGGCAUAAGUGGAACCGCAAAUAUAUCAAUCUCUGAAGCUCACGACAGGCUCCGACGUCACAACGCUCAGAGCUGGAAAAGACGAAUUGACAGGGUUUAUGCCAUUGCAAAGGAUGGCAUGAAAAAUCUUCGUGGCGUUUUUUGGGGACCUGAUGAAUUACCGGACGAUAUGGAGGAGACCGAAAAUAUACUGGAAGUUCCACAGCGACCAGCAUUGAUGAGCACUUUGAUAAGUGACCUUCACAUAACGGUCGACAAACCAUCAUUUCCCAUGAAUGAGCUUCCUGAUUUUCUCCAUAAAAUGGGGAAAGGUAUGCCUCGCGACAUGCAGUACUCACUCCUAGUACCGAUGAAUGUUCAAAUCGAUAUGGGGGAAGCACGAGUAACGUUACGAGAUUAUCCAUUACCUCUGUUGCAUGUACCUGCAAUCAGACCUGGGCAGUCACCAAGAAUGCCAGCUUGGUCUCUCAAAACAGAUUUCGUCAUUGCUGAGGAGUUCCGAGGUCCCGAGUCUAUUCGUCAUAUAAAGGUCGAUAUCAUUCCACCACUGAAUCGUGAGCCAGGAAUGCCCAAAACAGGAGGAUUUGCCAUAGAUGUGCGCAAAACAGUCACGCCUGUCAAAUGUUAUUCCAAUAUAAAUGUCAACAUUAAUACAGAGUUACCUACUCGUAUAACUUGGGGUGCUUCUUAUCAACCUGCAAUUCAAGACAUGAUGAUGGUCAUUGAGACAUUCACGAAGCCACAAGUCGAUCCUUCAGAACGAAUUGGAUUCUGGGAUAAACUUCGUCUCAGCUUCCACUCCAAAAUUGAUAUUGCAUGGAAGGGAGAUGGCGAUGUUCAUCUCACAUUGAAGGGAACACGGGAUCCUUACAUUGUCACAGGAGAUGGUGCCGGGUUCCUUAUGUGUUGGCGAAGCGAUGUACGAUUGAGCGUUUGCCGAGAUGAUGAUCCACGCAAAUUCAUCACAGUAGACAGUGGUGAAUAUAUUCUCGCAAUACCAGACUUCAGCCAUCAAGCUCGCGUCACUGCCUCGGAGCAUAAUGAUAGCGAUAGCGUUGUGAGCUCCGACAGCUUCAGGCACGGUGCAAUUUUCAAGAAAGUUGUCAUGAAACUAUCUGGCAACGUUCAGUGGUUGGUAGGUCUUAUGUUUGAGAGAGAUCUCGAUGAUGGAACACGUUCUUUUGACUUCGAACCACAUUACAAUGUGGUGACGAAGGAAUUACAGUAUUGCAAACCUUCAGCAGGCCAGGAAUACGAUGCAUUCCGAGGCUUCCGUAGUCAACAUAUCCAUAUGUCGAUAGCAGUCAAAGCACCGGUCGACCGAAUUGAGAAGUCGAGCAAAAAAUUUGGCAGGCAUCUUGCCACAAUCAAGUACAAUUUAUUACUUGCACCUCUGUUCCUUAGUCACGUCUACAAACACAAAGAUGCAGAGGACUAUUCUGAAGAUGUUGUAUCUGCCACUGGUCUCAAGAUGAGACUGGAUAGCUUUAUGCUCGACAUGCAUCAACGACGAGAAGAAUUUAUGACACAAGACAAAGGUCGAAACACACAAACCACGACGACCUCCAUGAAAUUACAUCGAGCACAAUUAGAUUUGCUGUCGGCAGAUAUCCGUGCUAUCUCUGCUAGUAUCGCGGGAACGACACCGGAAGAUCUUCAAAAGGCUUCUGCCCCCACUCUGGUAUCUCAACUGGAACGAGGUCAAACAGAUCUAUCACAUUUCGAUAUUCCUGACAACGAUUUUACCUGGAUUGACAUGGAUGAUUUCGUUGAGUUGGAUUGGAUACUUCCAGCCGAAGCAAACCCAGAAACGAAGAUUCUGCCACUGGCUUAUGCUCCACGUUUCACGUAUUUCCGACAAACUGAUCAUGGUGAUAAUAUUUCCGGUGAUCCAGAACGAACUAGUCCUUUCGGUAACGAACCUACACAUUUCUGCAUAAUGAGCAAGGAUGAUGAUCCACGACGAGUUCAAUGUCAGCUCAUUACUGACCGCUUAGUUCAACUCGAUAAACAGAUUGACGAUCACCAGGAAGCUCUGGAGUCCGCCGAAUGGGCAUAUUCGCAAGACCCACAGAAUACGUCUCUCAAAGCUCAAUACGACCAAUUGACCAUCCAUGGCCCAUUUUUGCACAACAAAAAGAUCUUUCUGGAAUCCAUGAAAGAACGUAUGGUGGAGCGUGUAAACACCAAUGAUCCACGGACUAUCCCUGAUGGUGACGAAGAUGCUGAUCGUCUAGGGGGAAGUCCGAUUGAAACGGAAGCGAUUCAUGACGACCCACCUUCGGGUGAUUUUGUCAGCGAUUUUAACAAUCGCUUCGUCAUCCAUAACAUGCAAUUGAAGUGGAAUAAUGUAUUGCGAAAUAUAAUCCUUCGCUAUAUUCAUCAAGUCAGUCAGAGACGUGGUUCUUGA